UCAUCCUGCAGCUCAGUCCAGGGAUCCGAAGCAGACUCUUCUUCUCUCUGCCUCUACCAUGCACGGAUUUCCAUUCAAGAAGUUUUUGAAAAAAGAAUAACCUCAAAGCGCAUGAUGCUCGGUGGCGGAGACAGCGCGUGCAACUGCGGACCAAAGUGAGCGCGUCCACGUUAAGUUAAUGGUUUGAACAGAGAAGCCACGGGAUCCUCUCCUCGCCGUUAGUCUCCAAUUAGCUCACCCUCAACCCGGGCGUGGACCAUGGAUACUUUGAGUCUGUCAGUGAACGCCGUGUCCUACACCGUGGCUGCUGAACUGCCUUACACUGACGACCCCUUCACUGCACCCAUCAGGAAUGUGGCACAGUGGAACUUUACCAUCCUGGCCGUGCUCAUGUUUUUGGUCACCUCGCUGUCCCUGGGCGAGAAUUUUUUGGUGAUGUUUGUCACGUUUAAAUUCAAACAGCUCCGACAGCCACUCAACUACAUCAUUGUCAACUUGGCUAUUGCUGACUUUCUGGUCUCCCUCAUCGGCGGAGUAAUAAGUUUCCUGACUAAUUCCAGGGGUUAUUUCUUCCUGGGGAGGUGGGCCUGCGUCCUGGAGGGCUUUGCUGUGACCUUUUUCGGCAUCGUAGCCAUGUGGUCUCUGGCCAUUCUGUCAUUCGAGCGUUUUUUUGUGAUCUGUCGACCCCUGGGUAAUAUCCGACUGCAGGCGAAGCACGCCGUCCUUGGUCUGCUGUUCGUCUGGACCUUCUCUUUCAUAUGGACCUUCCCUCCAGUGCUUGGCUGGAACAGAUAUACUAUAAGUAAGAUUGGAACGACUUGUGAGCCUGACUGGUAUUCAACCAACAUGAAGGAUCACAGCUACAUCAUCACUUUUUUCAUCACUUGUUUUAUUUUACCUCUUGGAGUGAUCUUCUUCUGCUAUGGAAAGCUGCUGCGGAAGCUCAAGAAGGUGUCACACGGUCGCCUGGCCACUGCCAGAAAACCAGAACGUCAGGUGACCCGCAUGGUGGUGGCUAUGAUUGUAGCGUUUAUGGUAGCGUGGACACCGUACGCAGCCUUCUCCAUACUGGUCACAGCUCACCCAACCAUUGAACUUGACCCCAGACUGGCCUCCAUUCCAGCCUUCUUUGCCAAGACUGCCACUGUCUACAAUCCAAUCAUCUAUGUCUUCAUGAACAAACAGUUCAGGAAGUGCCUGGUCCACCUCUUUACUGGCAUGGGGACUAUACCAGAGAGCCACAUGAACCAGACCUCAGAGCGCCCAGGGUUCACCGCAGAGAGUCAAACUGGGGAAAUGUCUGUCAUCGCCGCUCGUAUCCCUGCAGGCGGCACCAUGACGCCCAAGUCUGAAGAUUCUCCGACUGAAUGUGGCUCAUUCGCUCAGCUGCCAAUAGCAGAAAACAAAGUGUGUCCAAUGUAACUGUAACCCUCGCCCUAGUAGGU